AUACCCAAAAAAGUAAUGUCCAGCUGGAAGGCUGUUGGUAUUCGUUCGCAAAUAUUUACCAGUGGGAAGGUACUGCAAACCAUACCACAACAAUGGAUCCUCAAUCGGCAGCCAAAUCGCCUAAAUCAAUCACAAACCCGACACGCUCUGCUGGAUUUGCGGCGCAAGGCAAUACCAGUUGAUCGGCAGCGUCAGGUACUGUACGAGCUGGUGGAAAAGUUUGAAAAGUUCCCACAGGAGAAAGCGUUCGCGAUCGAGGAAGGUGCCAUCGAGCUGCUUAAGGAACUGCAACACUCGACGGACCCGGCAAUAACGCAACAUGCCAAACUCGGUCUGGCGCUGCUUGGUUACGUACCAGCUCUGCCGAGCGAAGGAAUCCGUAUCUUGAGCAUCGAUGGUGGUGGCAUCCGGGGUAUUAUCGUUAUGGAACUGCUGCGUAAACUGGAACGACUUACGAACCGAAGAAUAUUCGACCUGUUCGAUCUGGUGUGUGGCGUUUCGACCGGUGCUAUCCUGGUGUGUGCGUUGGCCUCCGAAAAAGGGCUCACGCUGGCCGAAGGUAUUCACCUGUACAAAAAGAUAGCCUACAAGAUCUUCCACCGUCCAUCGACGUUGGAUAAGCUAUCGGGCGCUUCACGCUUGUUUUCCUCGCACGCAUACUACGACAUCGAGCUGUGGGAGUCAUUGCUCAAACGGCAUGUCGGUUAUCGACGAAUCAUCGACACUGUGAUGCUGCCAAACGUGCCGAAGUUCUGCUGUGUUUCGACUACCGUGUGCGAUGAGCACAUCGAUGCACACGUAUUCCGCAACUACACCAUGCCCCAAAACGUACAAUCCGUGUACGCCGGCUCACACACAGCACGGCUGUGGGAAGUAGUACGAGCUUCAUCAGCUGCACCGGCUUAUUUCGGAGAUUUUCCACUGAAUGGGCAGCUUCAUCAGGACGGAGGGAUCCUGUACAACAAUCCCACAACAGUGGCCAUCCACGAAGCCAAAUGUUUGUGGCCAAACGAACGGAUCCAGUGUGUGGUAUCGUUCGGUACGGGGCGAACACGUGGCAAAUCGAACGAUGGUCAGAAAAUCAUUAGCCGAAAAAUACUCGACCAAGCCGCCCUGUCCAGCUCGUGGAAGACAAAGUUCUUGCGCAUUCUCGAUUCGGCCACUGAUACUGAGGCGGCACACACUGUGCUGAGCGACUUGUUGCCACCGGGUCACUAUUUUCGCUUCAAUCCGUAUCUGACGGAGUUCCUGUCGAUGGUUGAAGUGCGGCCGGAAAAGAUCGCCCAGCUGGAGAAGGAUACGGCGAUGUACUAUGCACGCAAUGAGGACAAGUUCGAGCAGGUGGCUGAUCUGUUGACACGCAAAAGAUCAAUCGCACGCAAAGCGUACGAUGUGGCGCGACAUGUUUUCUACCGUUAGUGAAAACAUGUAUCGAGCGUAAAGUGGUUUUACUGCUAAUUCCAAAGAUUUUUUAGUAUUCC